CUGCUAGGAUUCCAACAGGAAAAUUUUCUUGACCUUGUAUCUGGGUAGCUCUUGAGGAUGGCAAGCAAAGGACCCGCGACUUCUGCAUCAACAAAGAACUCCAGUACUGGAGGGACCAGUGGCAGCAGUAGCAGUAAUGGUGCUGGGGACAAUGCUAAUCAGGACAACACUUUCGAAUGCAACAUCUGUUUAGACACUGCCAAGGAUGCAGUUAUCAGCUUGUGUGGACAUCUCUUCUGUUGGCCUUGUUUACACCAGUGGCUAGAGACCAGGCCAAACAGACAAGUGUGUCCUGUAUGCAAAGCAGGAAUCAGUCGAGAUAAAGUUAUUCCUCUGUAUGGAAGAGGUAGCACUGGGCAACAGGAUCCCAGAGAGAAAACUCCGCCGCGACCCCAAGGACAGAGACCUGAACCAGAGAACAGAGGGGGAUUCCAGGGCUUUGGGUUUGGCGAUGGUGGCUUCCAAAUGUCAUUCGGAAUUGGGGCGUUUCCCUUCGGUAUAUUUGCAACAGCGUUCAACAUAAACGACGGGCGACCUCCUCCAGCUGUUCCAGGGACUCCUCAAUAUGUGGAUGAGCAGUUCCUAUCCCGCCUCUUCCUGUUUGUGGCGCUGGUGAUAAUGUUCUGGCUGCUGAUUGCAUAAAUCUUUUCCAUUAUUCUGUAGUUUCAUGGCCAACAAGGCCACUGAAACAGUUACAAACUGCAUCCCCAUCCCAUUUUAAACCUCUUGGUGUCUGGUUCCGUAGCUAGCUACGGGCUUCAGGAAUUGGUGGUACCACAGCACAAUGAGGAAUCUCGCAUUUUGCACCAGAGUUGGAAAUUAAACGUUGGUUAAGAA